AUGCCUGGUCUUAUUAUUAUUGCCCAAUGUCCACGGGUGUGGGGUCACUACCAAUUUAUCACCCCCCAUGUCCACACUGUCAACCUGCGCACCCCACCAUGUAGUGCUUUGAUUUCUUCUCAUCAAGUUGCGCUUCUAACCUGUUCAAGGCUGAUUUCAGGUUGCACUUCUAGCCCAUUUAUUGUUGGUUAUAGACGUGGGACGUACCAAAUCCCUUCUCUCACGUUUAGCACCAACACCAUGUCUGACCAAGACGCCCUAACACCUCGUGUGUUCCUUGUUCGCCAUGGAGAGACUGAAUGGGCCAAGUCAGGCCGCUUCACGGGUAUCACAGACAUCCAGCUAACCGAGACGGGUGCUACGCAAGUCUCCUCGGCGGCAACCACACUCGUAGGCCCUCGCAAACUCCUCGACCCAUUCCGCCUCGUGCACGUCUUCGUCAGCCCGAGGACAAGGGCUAUAACGACUUUUAAGCUCUUGAUGGGGCCGUUCUCCAGCGUCAUUGUAGGGAAGGUUACCCGUACUGAGGACAUUGCAGAGUGGAAUUAUGGUGAUUACGAGGGGUACACUGACCAGGAGAUCAGGAGCUUGAGGAAGGAGAAGGGUCUGGACCUGGAGAAAGAGUGGAAUAUCUGGAGAGAUGGGUGUGAGGGUGGAGAAUCGAGCAAGCAAGUUACUGACCGGCUGGACAGGCUCAUCUCGCAGAUCAAAGUUAUCCAGAGACCUUACAUGAAGGGGGAUGAGCCUGCCGAUGUCCUUCUUGUCGCCCAUGGUCUCAUCCAUCGCUGCUUUGUAAAGCGCUGGCUAGGCUUCCCUAUCGACUUCGAUCUCCAGAUGAUGUUCGCUCCAGGGGCGAUUGCGGUUUUGAGCUACAAAAAUAAUGACAUUGACAAGCCUGCCCUCCACGUAGGUGUCGCGCUUCCGCCUAGCGAUGAAGACACUGUCAAGGAAUGGUAUGCGGUAUCGUUUGGGGCAGGUGCGCUGGCCGUUGUUACUGCUGCAGUGUUGGUGUUGGUGUUGGCGUUGGUGCUGGUAUAG